AUGGAGGAUGGUAAGGUUGGCCAUGUAGAUGUUUCUGAUGCUGCUUAUGCUAGUGGUGUGAACACCUUGCCGAAGCAGAGUAAGCUUAGGUUUGUUCCGCGAAGUGAGAAGGUCAAGCAGACUAUUUUGACUGAGUGGCCAGUUGCUAGGGAGAAGGGUUAUAUGCUGGGAGAUAUCAAGGUGGAUGUAAAGGGAAUGGUGGCCUCAAAAUAA